CACAAAGCUCUUGUUCUUCAUUCUCAUGAUAAGCCUCUCGUCCUCGAGACAAAGCCCCGGCCUGUGGCCAACACAGGCGAGGUCGUGGUGCGCAUCUUAGCAACUGAAAUCGUACCCUACAUGUCUGAGAUCUUGGAUGGAACCCGAGAGUAUCCUCUUUUAUUCCCCAUGACUCCUGGUAGUACAGCAAUCGGGAGAGUCUUUGAAGUUGGCCCGGACGCAGUGGAGUUGAAACGGGGUCAGCUCGUCUUCUGCGAUGUCUUGAUUCGUGCUCGAGACAAUCCAGCGGUAUCUAUCAUGCUUGGAAUCCAUGGUGGGGGAUAUCCAGCUGCAGAAAAGCUCAUGCAUGGCCCGUGGCGAAACGGCACUUACGCGGAAUUCACACGAUUGCCCUUGGAGAACGUCUUCCCGCUCAACGAGGACUUGUUGACGCGGAAAAUGGGAUACACUUUGUCCAGCCUGAGCUUCAUGCCAACUUGUCUUGUCGGACUAGGUGGACUGACAGAGGUCGAUGUAAAGCCGGGGGAGAUGGUCGUUAUUGCACCCGCAACGGGUCGAUUUGGCGGGGCGGCGGUGGCAGUAGCCCUCGCUCUGGGGGCUACGGUGGUGGCAGCGGGUCGAAACCAGGGUGUGCUGUCUAGAUUAGAGGCGACGUACGCAUCCACCGGGCGGAUAAGGACCGUUGUCCUGUCGGAAGAUACCUCGCGAAACACGGAGGCUUUCAAAGCAGCAGUUGGUAACCCGCGUGGAGCUGAUGUUUUCGUUGAUUUCUCACCACCUGCCGCCGAAGGCAACACGCUAUUGACCUCUGCCAUUGAGAUACUGCGUCCCUUCGGACGGUGUGUCAUCAUGGGCGGAAGGCCGGGAAAUAUCACCGUGCCGUACUUGCCUGUCAUGCUCAAAAGCAUUCGGAUACAAGGUCGCUUUAUGUAUGAGCGCCGCGAGAUCUUGCAGUUGAUACGAAUGGCAGAGUCCGGUGUGCUUCGACUGGGUAAGGCUAUUGGGAUGAGCGAAACCGAAGAGUUUGGGCUCGAGUCUGCCCAGGAUGCACUUGAAGCUGCAGGGGAAUUGACUGAUUGGGGCAACAGUGUUGUCCUGAAGCCCUGAAUACCCU